CCACAUAUGUAUAUAAAAGUUUUUUAGGAAAACAUGGAUGUGCCAGCGCCUGACGCUUGCUUGCUAUGCCUGGAGGAAAACGCACUCAACCUGGAUGAUUAUAUGGAUGUCUAUUCCGCAAAGGGUGCCCAGCUGAAUGUCGUGCAGAUAAUCAACAAACACUUACCCAUGCAGCUGGCCCAAAGUAGUGGGGAGACUCGGAAAAUCUGCUCGCUAUGCUGGAGUACUGUUUCUGCCUUCAAUACGCUGCACGAUUUCGUCAGCGCAACGCAGUGUUCGCUGCGGGAGACAAAGGUGCUGCUCAUGGAGGAUGACCCCCUCACCCAGGGCAAUUGCACCGAGGCGCCUAAACAGGCGGCAGAUAAUGUCAAUCCAGAUCCAGCCGAGCCAAAUGAUCGCAAUUUCUUCUAUCCGGAGGUUAAGAUAGAGGAACAUGAGCUGGAACAGCUGCCCAAAAUUGAGGUACUCGAGAGCACCGCCGGCCUGCAAACUGUCCAACUGAACUCCUCGCCAGGCCGACGUCUACGCAAGCGUGUCAAGGCGGAAGUAGAAACUCCACAUGUCCAGGUAGAAUCCAUAGAAGUUAUGGCACAUGAACCUGCGGAGACGCCGAAAAAACGUCGUGGGCGGCCACGGAAAAGCGAAGCAAUCCUUAAAGAAACCCAAAAUGAAACGCAAUCUCAGCCAACCUUAGAUUUGGACACAAACCUUAAAUCGGAAAACGCCACCGAAUUUAGUGACGAUGACGAUGAUCAGGACUUUGUGGCUGGCCAGCUCGACGAGGGGCUCGACGACGACAGCAGCGAGGAGAGUCCACAGAGUGAUGAUGAUUCCGAUUUUACGAUGGACAAGCCCAGCGAGGUUGAGUUUGCCGUUAUACCGAAGCGUACGCCGGUGCGGCCCAAGAAAUAUAAAAAGCGUGCCAAGCCGGCCGAGCCGAGAGUGCGCAUGUCCCGCGAGCUGCUGGAUCAGCGCAAGAAACAGCAGGAGGAAUUUGAUAGCAUCAUUGCCAAGUUCUUCAGCGAUGUAUUGCCGUGCUCCAUAUGCAAUCUGUUGGUGCACAACUUUACGGAAAUGCAACGCCAUCAUCGCCUCACACAUCAAGUGGAUCCCGGCUAUAUGAUCUGCUGUGGCCGCAAGUUUACGCAGCGUAAAGUGCUCGCCGAGCAUGUGCUGGUACAUUGGAAUCCGGACCACUUUAAGUGCACCACCUGCGAAAAGUCAUUCCAAAACUCACGGCACUUGGAGUCGCAUCAACAGGUGCACGUGGCCAAGUUAACCUACCAGUGCGAUCUAUGCUCAAAGGCUUUCCUUAGCAAAACGGCAAUUGACUACCAUAAGCUAAACAAGCAUGUGCCCAAGUCUGAAUUCAAAUUCACCUGCACCGAGUGCAACAAAAAAUUCCUGACUGAACGCAAGCUAAAGAAUCAUAUGAACUCCAUGCAUGAUCCGGAGAGCAUUAUCAUAUGCGACAAGUGCGGCAAACAGAUGCGCACCAAAAUCAUUCUGAAGAAGCAUCAGGAACUGAUGCACUCAAACACACCGCGACCGGAGCCCGAGUUGAAGCAGUGCCAAAUCUGCGGCGCCUGGCUAAAGGGCAUGACCGGCCUGAAGCAGCACAUGAAGAGCAUACAUGUGGAAAGCGCGGGCGAGCAUCGUUGUCAUGUGUGCAGCAAGAUUUCCCCGAAUGCACGCGCCCUGCGACGCCAUAUCUAUCACAACCACGAAUGCGAGCGCAAGUUCAAGUGCACCAUGUGCGAUAAGGCGUUCAAACGACCCCAGGAACUAAAGGAACACACAUCCACGCACACCGGCGAAGUUCUGUACACCUGUCCAAACUGUCCCAUGACGUUCUUCUGCAGCGCCAACAUGUACAAACAUCGGCAGCGGCUGCAUCGAGCGCAGUAUGAGGCGGACAAGAAUCAGCCAAAGCCGCCCAAUAUACUGCAGCAAGCGGUGGGCGCCACGGCGGCCAUGAAAAUCAAGUUGAUGCAGAACACAAACGUGGCCAGCAUAGAGUCGGACUUGAAGCAUUUCUAGAUCAAUAUAAGUUAGUGUGCACUUAGCAUUUAGUCUACAUGUUUAGCUUUAGUCUUAGCUUAUCUCUUAGUUGUCUAUCGUUAAGCUAAAGAAAAAGAGUAAAAAUUAGUCGAUGUCGACGUAAUUUUGGUACACGUUAA